AUGGCGUACCUCAUGGCAAACUACCCCGAUAUGGACAUGGGAACGUCCAUGGUCCUCUCCACUGUGAGCGCCGGCAUCACAACCUCCAUUCUGCUCGAGACGACGCUGCUCCACCUAGGCAAGGACAGGUUGCCCUGGGGCGCAGCCGCCAAGACGGCAAUGGGCAUGAGCCUCGUCUCAAUGAUCGCAAUGGAGUUUACCGAAAACCUCGUCACCCUCGGAUUGUCGGAUUCAACCACUACCAUCACGAGCCCCAACUUCUGGGCAAUCACCGGCCUCAGCAUGGCUGCUGGCUUUGUCGCGCCCCUACCGUACAACUACAUCCGUCUCAAGCUCUGGGGCAAAUCUUGCCACUAA